CACACAAACGUACCCUCAAAAUGCCGCUGUUUGGUAAAAAGGAUUCGGCCAAAAAAACCAAAUCCAAAGAAUUCAUCAAAGAACUCAACAAAACCAUACCCAUUGAGGAUAAAUACAAUCUACAUGGCCUAUUGGGCACUGGCGCCUUUUCCGAGGUACGCCUGGCCGAAAGCAAAGAAAAUCCCGGCCAACAUUUCGCCGUGAAAAUUAUCGACAAAAAAGCACUCAAAGGCAAAGAAGAAUCACUGGAGAAUGAGAUACGAGUCUUGCGACGAUUCAGUGCCAAUCAUCACAACAAUGAUACGGCAGCAGAUACUCGAAGCGGUGAACGUCUCACACAUCCGAAUAUUGUCCAGCUCUAUGAAACAUACGAGGAUAAAUCAAAAAUCUAUUUGGUCAUGGAAUUGGUAACAGGUGGUGAACUAUUCGAUCGUAUUGUGGAAAAGGGUUCGUAUACUGAAAAGGAUGCCUCCGAUUUGAUAAGACAAAUUUUGGAGGCCGUUGACUAUAUGCAUGAACAGGGUGUUGUGCAUCGAGAUUUGAAACCGGAAAAUUUACUCUUCUACAGUCCGGAUGACGAUAGCAAAAUUAUGAUCAGUGAUUUUGGCCUGUCCAAAAUGGAAGAUUCCGGUAUAAUGGCCACAGCCUGUGGUACCCCAGGCUAUGUGGCGCCCGAGGUUUUGGCCCAGAGGCCCUAUGGCAAAGCUGUGGACAUUUGGAGUAUAGGUGUCAUCUCCUAUAUCCUCCUUUGUGGUUAUCCACCAUUCUACGACGAAAACGAUGCCAAUCUCUUUGCCCAAAUACUCAAGGGUGAAUUUGAAUUCGACUCACCCUAUUGGGAUGACAUCAGUGAUUCGGCCAAGGAUUUCAUACGCCAUCUGAUGUGUGUCUCUGUGGAGAAGCGAUACACCUGCAAGCAGGCCUUGGCCCAUCCCUGGAUUUCGGGCAAUGCCGCAGGCAAUAAAAAUAUCCAUGCCACGGUUUCAGAACAACUCAAAAAGAAUUUCGCCAAAUCGCGUUGGAAGCAGGCCUAUUUGGCCGCCACUGUUAUACGGCAAAUGCAGCGAAUGGCCCUCAGUUCGAAUGAGAGCCGGUCGAAUCUCCUGAAGGAGAGUAAUAAAAUGUCACAGGAUAAUUUGGGAGCCGCCGCCACCGCCGCCAGUGAUGUGGAAAUGUCCGCGUGUCACAAUGCCAGUGGCAGUAGUUCGGCAAAUUUGCUAAACAAACCGAAUUCGUGUAAUACCAAUCGGACAUCAUCAACGCCAUCGCCGUCAUCAUCAUCAGCGCAAAUGGAUUUUCAACAAAGCCAAAGAAUCUCAUCGACGUCCUCAACAGCAGCAGCUGCAGCGUCCUGUCACAAUGGCAGUAAACAAUCAAACAAGUAA